AUGGAGCCGAUCUCCGUCGAUCUCGAUCUCAGCAUCGGCUCAGUUCGGUUCAGUGGCAAGUCUGCGGUGAAAGCCAAACAUGCCGACGACGAUGUGAGUCAGCAUCUUCAUCAACGAUGUGCGGUUAAAGCUCUCGAGGUGGAGCUCGACAGCGUGAAUGAGGAGAACAAGGUGCUGAAGGAAACGCUCGCCGCCAUGGUCGCCAAGUACGGCGCACUCCGGCGUCAGAUGACCGAUCUGUUGCCCAAACACACUUCUUCUGAGGGAGGGUGCGUUUCAUCAGGAACGAAGGAUGCGGCCGAUACUGGCAUGAGAGUUAGGGAAGGAGAGCAUAACCCCAAAGUUUCGAAGCUGUAUGUUCGCACUGAUCCAUCUGACUCGAGCCUCGUGGUGAAAGACGGGCAUCAUUGGAGGAAGUAUGGGCAGAAGGUGACCAGAGAUAACCCUUGCCCAAGAGCAUACUACAGAUGCUCCUUUGCUCCAUCUUGUCCGGUCAAGAAGAAGGUGCAAAGAAGCGCAGAGGAUACAUCCAUGUUAGUGGCUACGUACGAGGGCGAGCACAACCAUGGCCAACCUUCUCAUCCCGGAAGUGUACAUGCACCGAGACACUGUAGCUUAGCUUCCGAUCGAUCCCACGCAUCGAAGAAGCAUAAGCAGGACUAUUUGGUGGAGCAAAUGGCUGUGUCCCUGACGAACGACAUAGCUUUUAAGACCGCUUUAGCUGCUGCCAUUUCUGGGAGGUUGUAUCGAUCAUAUUCUCCAAAGUAACAGCCCGUAGAACUGUUUCCUUGUUAUUUCAUGUGGUAUGUGGAUAGAAAUCUUUUGGCAAGAGGUUCCUUGUGGAUCUACAAAGUUCAUAUAACAUCC